ACCCUUGCCUAAACCAUUGCCACGUCCAUGUCAAAGAGAUCCGCGGGUCCUCCCCUAUAAGCCCUCCUCGGGUGUCGAGGGCAAUCACGAUUUGCCUAAACCCUUGCCUAAACCCUCGUCCCCGCAUGGCGAUCGACGACGAGCCGACGAGGAAGCGGCGAAGAAAGAAGUUGAUGACCGGAGAGGCGGUCGAGGUGGGACAUUUCCAUGAAGGCCUUCAGUCUUGGCAUUUGGCAGUGGUCAUUGAGUGUGGUGAGUUUUUCCGUGUUGUUGAGCAUGCCAAUCGAUUGAGUGGUGACCGUAUUUCAGAACCUGAGGAGGUGAUUCCAGUAUCAGAUGCAAUUGAAGGCACAUUCAGCACAGCCACUGAAAGUUGCAGACCACGAAUUAGACCGGUGCCACCUCAUGUCAGCAUUGGAAAUUCAGAGAUCAGAUAUGGGCUGUGUGUUGAUGCCUUGGUUGACGAUGCCUGGUGGGAAGGUGUAGUUUUCGAUCAUGACGAAGGUUUUGAAGAGAGGAGAGUGCUCUUUCCGGAUCUAGGAGACCAGGCUAUUUUAACCAUUGAGAGGUUGCGUCUUACCCAAGACUGGGAUGAAGCUUCUGGGCAUUGGAAGCCUCGUGGCCAGUGGUUGUUCCUUCAAUUGCUUCAAAAUUUUGACUGUGCAGGUAGCUUGCCUGUUUCAAUCAGGCAGAUAUGGUGCAACUUGAGAGCUACUCAUGUUUUUCAGGACAAAAUCAAAAGCUGGGCUUUUGGAACAAAAGAUAUUUGGGAAAAACUGUUGUCAGAGUUGAUUGAGGAAGUAUGGUCUGCAGCGAAUACCAUUUCAGUUUCCGAUGUUAUCUCUAAACAAUUAGUAACUGCUGGCAUGGCUUCAGUUGAUGUUUGCACUUCAAUGGAGGAUGUUAUUUGUCCUCAAGGUGCUGACCUUGGAUUGGAUGAUCUGACUAAUGGUACAGACAAUAAUUGCUCUUCAGGACUAAACACACCUGAUGAUCGUGCCUUAAUUUCAGGUGCUCAAAGUCCAUGUCAGUUGAAGUAUGCUAGUGAGAAUUCCUCCCAAGCAGUUUUAGUAGUUGAUGCUACAGAGGUUUCAGGUGCAGAUGGGUUUCUUCAAUCCUGCGACAGUACUAAAGCAUCAAUGAAACCCAGGGUUUGCUCGAAAGCAUUACAGGAUUUCAUACAAGUGUGUCGCAAUAAAUUUUGUCCUAUAGAUUUGAAGAAAAAGCUUUAUGUCUUGCGUCAACUUGCAAGGUCUCAUCUUAUGGCUGUAGGAUGGAAGCUCAUCAAAGAUGUUCAUGGUCGUAAGUAUUAUGUCUCUCCUCUGGGAAAACGUUUUGGGUCUCUGGUUACAGCCUGUGAAGCAUGGAAAACAGUGGAAGAAAAUUCAGACACAACAACUGAUUGCACCUUUGUAGCAGAGAAUCAUGCAGCCGAGGUCCGAGGCACAUUCUCCAUCCUCACAUCCAUGCACAGUAAGGCUGAGAAUAUCCCAAGCUGUAGUGUUGCAAACAAUUGGAAGCCUCUGAAACUUGAUGCCAGCUACUGCCCUGGGUUGGUAGAAGUAUAUGCAUCCAAGAUGAGAGGUGGAAAGUCAAGGCUGAAAAGCUUGGCGAAGCUUGAUUGCAAAUCUCUAUCGGAAAAAGUGAAGAAACAUCUUGUGGCUUUGGGUUGGACAGUCGAAUUUAGAGAAGAUGCAAUCUUAAGGUUUCGUUUCUCUUCACCUCAAGGAAGAAUCUAUUACUCCCUUAUCAAGGCCUGCAGUGAUUUGCUGCACCAGAAGGUGGACGAGGAGUGUGAAUAUUCUGAUGAUUCUGAGCAUGACCGCUCAGGCUGCAGUACAAAGAGGUUGCAUUCUAUAGUGGAUUACCGUGUGAAUUGCUCAGGUAGAAGUUUCAACUGUGCUGCUUCUGGGAACAAAAAGGUGGAAUUUAGGGCAGACGAGGACAUUGAACCUGAGUAUUUACCAGAAGCAAUAACGGAAUAUGAGGGUUUCAUGGAUUUGCAAGUGCAAAAUGGUAAACGAGCAAUCUUAGAUGCGAAUGUUAAAUUGCUGAGAUUGAAUGCUAAAAGACAUCUUUUAUACAUGGGCUGGUUCUUUUAUCUUAAAGACAAGAAAACUAAGCAAGAAUUAUGUUACAGGUCACCAAGUGGCAAGUCCUUUCAUUCUCUUAUUACAGCCUGUAAGGCCUACUUGAAAGAAAAUAGAAAUUCCACCAUUAAGUCUCUCCAUUCUGUGGGCAACCAGAAAAAGGUCAAAUCCGAAUUGAACGUUGAACACAUUGAAUCUGAAAAGAAUGAUAAACAAUGGGAACUCUGUACCAUUUCAAAUGCUGCAACAAGUAAAGGCUUCCAUGAACCUGCUGACUUUUUGGAUAAGGAAACUGUAAGAGAAUCAACAUUUUCUUGUAAUUCAUCAGAAUUUGGAGAACGUAAAUUUGGUAGAUUGCGAUUCAAAAGAGUUGCAAAUUUAAAGAAGAAAAGCAUGCCUCUUUCUCCUUCACAUGGUAGCACACAAACUUGUCUAUCUGGUCAGGAAGCUGAUUGUCAAAAAUCUAAAAGAAGAGUGGCAUCCCAAUCUAUCAAACAAGAUGAGAAAACGGGCGAAAGCUUUUCAUCUCGUGUGCGUAGAUCAAGCACAAGUUUGCAGCAACUUGUAGAAUCUUCUAGCCAGCAUUCUGCAAAAACAGUUUUGUCUUGGCUUAUUGACAAUGAUAUACUAUUACCGAGGCAGAAGGUUUAUUGUAUGUGUGAAAAAGACAGACAGUCUAGGAAGGAAGGCCGGAUAAAUCAUUCUGGAAUAAAGUGCAUGUGCUGUAAAACAGUGUUCGAUCUUGCAAGCUUUGCAGCUCACAGUGAUAAUAGAACUCAAAGGCCUUCUGCCACUAUAUUUUUAUCUGAUGGAAGAUCUUUACUACAGUGUCAAAUGCAGAUGAUGCAUGCUAGCAAGCAAAAAAAUUUCCCACACAUCAGAUUGAAGGGUGACCUUACUCAACAUCAAAGUGAUACAAUCUGCUCUAUCUGUCAAGAUGGUGGUGCAUUGAUAUUAUGCGACCACUGUCCAUCAGCAUUUCACGUAACCUGCAUGGGCUUAGAGGAUGUCCCUGAAGGAAAAUGGUUUUGUCCAUCAUGUAGAUGUGGCAUAUGUGACCACAGUGAAUACAAUCAUGAUGUAGAGCAAUUUACAAAGACAACAAUGUUUUCCUGUGAUCAAUGUGAAGGAGAAUAUCAUGUAGGUUGCUUGAGAGGUGAAAGAUUACAACAGCUUGGUUCUUGUCCAAAUGGAAAUUGGUUUUGCAGUAAGAAAUGUUUAAAGAUAUUCUAUCAUCUCUGUGAACUUAUUGGGAAAUCGAACCCAACUUCCGCUGUGGGAUUAUCAUGGACUUUAUUGAGAUGGGGCAGUAAUGAUAAUUCAGAUCUUGGAAGAUUUGCCCUUGAAGCCAUGGCUGAGCAUCACAGCAAGCUAUGUAUUGCACUUGAUGUACUGCAUGAGUGCUUUGUGCCGAUGACUGAAACUCGUACUCAGAGUGAUCUCGUUGCUGAUCUUCUUUUCAAUAAAGAAUCAGAGCUUAAACGAUUAAAUUUUUGGGGAUUUUACACUAUGCUUCUGGAGAAGGGAGAUGAACUAGUAUCAGUUGCUACUUUCAGGGUCUAUGGUGACAAGGCAGCAGAAAUGCCUUUAAUAGGUACUCGUGUUCUGUAUCGCCGAAAGGGAAUGUGUCGUCUUCUUGUGAAUGAAUUGGAGAAGUUGCUUUGUUCUUUAGGAGUAGAAAGGCUGCUGUUACCAGCGGUUCCUCAGCUUCUACAGACAUGGACAACCUCCUUUGGAUUUACCCAGAUGACCAGUUCUGAUAGAUUAGAGUUAUCAAAGUACUCCCUUCUUAGCUUUUCAGGAACUACUAUGUGCCAGAAGCUCUUAGGAGCAGCUAAAACCGUUUCAGGGGUACCAGCAGAUAGAUACUUAUGAGGAUAUUGUUUCAUCAUCAAAGUGAUGCUUUUCGUCAUCUUCACGCAACAGACAUGCAGACAGACCAGUUAGCAUCGCAAAAAUAACAUGAACAAGAAGCUCACAGCAGUAGAGGCAAGCACAAAGAAGAGUUGCAUUAUGAUCGAUAUCUCCUCCAAUCAUUCCGGUAUGCGCCGCCUGUGAAGACCAUCACUUUUGUUAUU